AUGGAGGAGUAUAAUCGCCAGGCAUCAGAGUAUAUCUUCAAGGAGAACAACGCGGCGGGGCGCGUUGAAGCCGAUACAAUUGAUCUGCACGGGCAGUUUGUGGAGGAAGCCGAGGAUAUUCUGGAGGAGAGGAUUAAGUAUGCCCGGAGUCACGGGCAGAAUCACUUGCACGUGAUUGUCGGAAAGGGAAACCACUCUGCGAACCAUGUGCAGAAGAUUAAGCCGCGCGUUGAGCAGGUCUGUCGUGAGUUGGGUCUGCAGUAUGCGACGGAGGAGAACGAGGGGAGAAUCUACGUAAACCUUACUGGUGCUGCGGCAAAUAUGCCUCCCAGGCCGUCGCAUGGACAUGGACAGGGACAUGGACAGGGUCAUGGACAAGGCCACCAACAGCAACAUCACCAGCAACAGAACCAGGAUCCUGUUGAGCAGGUGGUUAGGGCGGUUCUGCCGCGGGUGCUGCGCAAGUUGGAGAAAGCUUGCUGUCUUGUUAUGUAG